GAAAAAAAAAACCUGAUUAAAACAGCAGCAGCACCCAGCUGCAGCAGCUUUGGAAGCAAAAACAAACAACCCCCAGCAUGCGCCCUCUCUUCCACCCCCCCCCCACCCCCGGGGAGCAUCCCCCUUUGCGGGUUGAAUGAAAGCGAUCCCCUCUCUCUCUUUUUCUCUCUUCUCUCUCUCAUCUUUUCUCUCCCCACCCAGCCGAUGAAAAUAGCAUGCUGUCAGUUCACCCCUGUGUGGGCAGAUCCUCUAGCGACCAUUGCCAUUGUAGACAAUCUACUUUCACAGUAUGGACCUGACGCCAUUGAUCUGCUCGUGUUGCCAGAAAUGGCAUUGACUGGCUAUGUGUUCAAGAGCCAUGACGAGAUUCAGCCGUUCCUGGAGGACGCCGAAUGGGGCACCACCGUGCAAUGGGCCAAGCGACAAGCGCAACGCCUCUGUAGUUUUGUGGUUGUUGGCUAUCCGCAAAGCCCCGGCUACAACAGCUUGUGCUGCGUCAACCCGCAAGGUCAUCUGGUCAAGACAUAUCAAAAGGCCUUUCUCUUCGAGACAGAUGAACGCUGGGCUGCGGAGGGCCCUGGCUUUGUGUCAAUGACCAUAGAAGGUCUAGGCAGGGUCGGAUUUGGCAUUUGCAUGGAUAUCAAUCCGUAUCAGUUCAAGGCUCCCUUUGACGCCUAUGAAUUCGCGCGCUUCCAUGACGACCAAGAUACCCAGAUCAUUGUCUGUUGCAUGGCUUGGUUGCAAGGCAACAACAACAACAACAGCAGCACAAGUAGUGUCACCGACACCAUUUCUUAUUGGGCCCAACGCCUUGCACCUUUGAUUGUGCAGAACCGCCGUCGUGUUUGUGUCGUUGCAUGCAAUCGCACAGGAUCAGAAAAAGGAUCUACAUUUGCAGGCGGCAGCAGCAUUUUACAGGUCGGCUAUAAUACCCCGCGCUUGUUGAACCACAUGGGUUCGCGAGACAGUGGCGUCAUGAUUGUAGAUGUAGACAUACAAUCUUAGUAGUACACUCUCGAUCCACAUGAUAAUUAAAAAGAUUUCUGCUGUGGCCUUUGGAAAA